AUGGCGCUGCGAAAAUUCCGCUUCUUGAAAGGAUGGGGCGUGCCGAUUGCGCCUGAUCCGGUCAUAUCUCCUCCCUUCAGCUAUGGCGCGAAGACUUCCUACUCCUAUAACGACAGUCCCGAUGUCUUCAAGAUGGACGGCAUUAAGCAGGCCACACCCCAGGAGCUCCGCAUUUUCUACGGGAUCCCCUUCAACAGGUCGGCUACUGUUCCUGACCUGAUGAACAUCCUUGAAAAGGCACUAAAGGCGGGGAAGUGCGCUGCGCUCGCCCCAUCGAUUGCCGCGGAUAAGAUGUUUGCAGAGAUCGUGGGCGGCUAUGCCAAGGAGGGCAACACAGACCCGCCCCGCUUCGUGGCCAAGUACUUUCUGGAUGGUCAAGGACGUCCAAAUAAGGAGAAGACAAAGGAGCCGCUCUCAUUCAGCUCGAGGAGACGAUGCACAAAGGGCAUCGAGAACGAGAUUGCAAGGCUUGAAUCGUUCUAUAAAAAGAACGAGGAGAUCCACAGCGCGCAGGCGAACGUCGAUUUGAAGCUUUUUCUGAAGAGGCGUCUUGGCAUCGACCUGGACGACAUGGCCACCGCACCUAACCCUCGGCCUUCAGCACCGAUAACACUCGACCGAGCCCGGCGUGAAAGGCGGGAUAUUCCGGAAGAGAUCAUGUCAAGGGCAUCGGGUAUUCCCAUGGAAGAAGUCUAUCCGAGGGCUAUCAUUGGUUGGGACGCCGCAAAUGUCGCCGCAGAGACCACGCGGCUAAGGGACGAGAUCCGACGGUGCGAGGAAGAGGCAGAAGCCAGGGAACGGGCGGUGCAAGAGAAGACCGAGGCAGAGAGGAAGGCGAGAUGGGAUCGUCAGCUCAAGGGACAUUACAAGCUUGUUGCGAAAGCACAAGGACGGCCCAGACCGCUGAGCCUCCAACACCUCCCUGGAUUGUACCUUGUGCGGUGGGAUGGCGGCACGGAGGAAGCAUGGUCUCACAAUAACCACGACGAUGACAGCAACCUCAUGAGGAUCAACAUCUUCCCGCCCGAGAGUUGUUACGGAGCCAAAGUGUAUUUCAACUUUAGGUUUAUUGAAGGGAUUAGGCUGCUCGGGAUGUCCAAGCGAUCCGUUGAGCUACUAAGGGAGGAGCAACCUAAGCACAGCGAGUACAGCGAGCCGGAGAUAUCUGAUGAUGAUGACGAUGGCGGCGGAAGAGACUCUACAGGCAACAGGCUCCAGGCGAAGCUAACUGGGGAGAAGCGCUCGCUCGGAGACAUCGCCGACCCAUGGGGAGUGCAGGCCGCCAGGGCCAAGCGACAGAUGUUGACGGGCCUGAAGGAGGAGGCAGCUCAUGCCAAUCGCGUUUCCUUUCAGUUCGUUUGCAACGAGGUUGACGCGUAUCCUCUGGACGACGAUGAGAACAAGCACAUUGGCUAUCUCGACUUUGACAACACUGGGUUGACCACAAAGGGCGCCUUUGAUCUGCAUGAGUAUGGCAAAAAGGCCGAGCCGAUAUCUAUCUUCAAGGUUUCCGAGGAGCCAGAACGCGGCAGAGAGCUGAGGCGUUGGUAUUCCACGUCCACCUUCCUAUCGUCUUCGAUACCGGUCGCACACAAUGCCGUCAAGUCCAUCAUCUUCCGGUGUGCCGAGCUCCUCAUGGGGCUGUUCAUCUUCAAGUUUGCCUCCCUCGCGGCGGCGCGGUCCGGGCAGUUCACUUCGUAUCUCAUGUUCGCCGAGGACCACAUCCAGCGAUUCUUGUUUAUGAAGUCGCGGGGCCUCUCGCGCGGCGCCGUCCUGGUGUUCCUCUACACCAUGCUCCACUUGGCCGCGUCUCUCUACGGUACCCUCCUGUGGGCGUUGGACUCUCCGGGGUACAUAUUCCGGGCAUCCCACUCGACGCUAGCCGAGCACCAGUACGCGCGCAAUCCCGAUGCACCCUAUGUCGUUCAGCUGCAGCUUGACCGCAACACGCUAAACCAAGCCAACAAGAGUCUGCACCAGAACGUGGGGGCCGACCUCUUCAAGCCAGGACUCAACAUCUCGUUAGCCGGGGACGCAAAUAGGGGCACGCGCGAAGUCACCGCAGCGACGCAAAGCAAAGGCGUCGGGGCGAGAAUCUGGCUGGACGAGGAGGGCUUCUCCGUGUCGGCCGACAGUUUGGUUGCGUGGCCCAGCGCGGGAGUGAUGGAUGGCCACGAGUUCCCCUUGGGGUGCAUAGUGUUCGACGAAGGGGUCGGCGUGUGGAACUGUACCUUCCACAACGCCUUCGCGAACGACCUAGUCGAGGGCAUCCUGGGGCGGCCCGAGGUGCACUGGGACGACAAGUCGUCGUUCAACGACUCGCAGUACAUCCGGCCGAACCGCGUCGACAACGUGUGGGCGUCGUACGGCCGAGGCGGCGGAACGGCGGUCAUGAUGCAGGUCUUCACCGUCACGAAGGGCACGAGGCGGCACACCUUCGUCGAGACCUUCUUCCGCGCCACCAUGCUGACGAACCCGGGCGUCAUGUUCGUCCCGGCCGAGGUGGACGACUUGGUGCGCCGUGCGGCGGGGACCAACGCGACCGAGAGGGCCCAUCCUCUGCUGGGCCGCAUCAUCGGCGACAUACUCAGCGCGCAGAAGCAGCGGAUGAGCUACAACUUCGGCUUCACCGUGGCCGACAACCAGAACAACACCGUCAUCCAGAACUCGUGGUCCUAUUACACGCCCGUCGUGCAGGACGACGGGUCGGAGAUCUUCUCCCUCCUCCACAUCACCUCGACCAACAUCACGCUCAUCCGGUCCGAGGACAUCAAAAGCUCGCCCGGCCCGCUGCGGGAAUGCGACCAGCCGUUCAUGAACGAGGCGUACGGCGGCAAGGUCACGCAGACCAACUGCGCCGGCGGCACGCUGUCGACUGAGGGCGCCAGGUUCUACGGCACCGUGGACACGGCCGCCGUCAUGAUCCUGUACGGCCUCGGCGACGGUCGGUCCAACGCCAGCGCCGCGUCCAUGGACCAGCAGGUCAUGGAAUGGGUGUGGGACAACCUGCCGACGAUGCUGGACCUGCUCGUGGCGCGGGCCUUUGCCGUCAGCGUCGACCCGGCCCUGGUCGGCGUCACCGUCCAGCACCUGAUCGCGGCCAUGAGCGGCCUGCAGCUGUUUCUAAGCGUCCUGGCCGCCGUCCUGGCGUUGGCCGCCUUGGGUGCGCUGACGCGUUGGGCCGACUACGGCUGGUCCAAGAGCUUCCUCCAGAGUGUUGUGCAUACUACGCUGUACCGGGGCACGGCCGAAUCAAACGGGUUUUACAUGAAGGUUCCUCCGCAUGUGGAUAUAGUAGUCCACGGCGAGGGCAACUAUGUUGUGAUAGACGGGAGGCCGGUGUACCUCCUUGAGCCCCCCGUUACGCCCGCGGUCCCGGCAUAUUAUCAAUAUUUCCAGGCAGAACCACCCAAGGAAGCUAUGGCGCCGGCUGUUACUACUACUAGUAUGGUUGGGUGGGGAUCACAGGAAUAUCAGUAUGCUCCAGUGCCGCACUGA